GUGGAAAGCAGCCCGAGCGGCGGCGGCGGCGGCGACGGCGACGGCGGCAGCGGCAGAGACCGCCGUGGCGCCGGGAGCAGCGACCCGAAGGGAACGCGCGGCGACGGCGAGGGCGACGGCGGCGACCCGGUGACAGCGCGAGAGGUACUAAGUGUGACAGUGUGCACCAUGCGUGAAUAUAAGCUCGUCGUGCUUGGAUCAGGAGGCGUUGGGAAGUCAGCCCUGACUGUACAGUUUGUUCAAGGAAUUUUUGUUGAAAAAUAUGAUCCUACGAUAGAAGAUUCUUAUAGAAAGCAAGUUGAAGUAGAUGCACAGCAGUGUAUGCUUGAAAUCUUGGACACUGCAGGAACGGAGCAAUUCACAGCCAUGAGGGACCUGUACAUGAAGAACGGACAAGGCUUCGCUCUGGUUUACUCCAUCACAGCACAGUCGACAUUUAACGACUUACAAGAUCUAAGAGAGCAGAUUCUGCGGGUUAAAGACACUGAUGAUGUUCCAAUGAUUCUGGUUGGCAAUAAAUGCGACUUGGAAGAUGAAAGAGUUGUAGGAAAGGAACAAGGUCAGAACCUAGCAAGACAGUGGAACAACUGUGCAUUCUUAGAAUCCUCUGCAAAGUCCAAAAUAAAUGUUAAUGAGAUCUUUUAUGACCUAGUGCGGCAAAUUAACAGAAAAACUCCAGUGCCUGGGAAGGCCCGCAAAAAGUCAUCGUGUCAGCUGCUUUAAUGUACUGAAUGCAUUGUAGCUCUGAGCCAGGUCUGAAGAACUGUUGCCCAAUUCAGCAGUGCCAGCAUUCCAACUUUGUUAAACCUACCAACAUCUUAAACGGACUUUCCUGUGGUGGUACCCUGAGAGGCGGAUGAAAGCUACUCUGUCAGUUUGCACAUUCUAAUCACUUUCCAGUAUCACGAGAGAUUUUUACUUAUAUAAUAGUUCUAGAGUAUGCAGCUGGUAAAACCAGAGGCUACAUCCAGUAUUACUGCUAAGAGACAUUCUUCAUCCACCAAUGUUGUACAUGUAUGAAAAUGGUGUACUGUAUACUUUAACACACCCCAUACUUUGUAUUGGAGAGUACAAUAAUGUAAAUCCUAAAAGCACCACUAUUUUAGCAUAAUAAAAGAAAGUCCAAAGAGCUCCUAUAUAGACUACUCCAGAUAACUUUGCUUCUUUGAUACUUGUAGCUUAUUGUAAUUUUUUUUAAAUUCAAGGUCAUUAUCAUUGUAUUAUACAAAAUAAGCGCUUUGAUUAACACAGCUAUAUAGUUUUUUUAAUUUUUCAAAAACCUGUGGAGACAGUGAUCUUGUCUUUAAAAUAUGAUAGUCCUUUCAGUAUAAUGUCUUAGAUUAAAGACGUUGCCUUUAAUAUCUGUUGGGAAGGAAAUGUCCAGACUUUUCAAAUCUCCUUAUUAUAUGUUUCCUUUUUUGUUUACAUAGGGAACAAUGUUUAUAGUUGUGUGUACAGUGGGGGUCUACAACAAGAAGUGUAUAUUUUCAAACAAUUUUUUAAUGAUUUAACAAUUUUUGUAAAUCAUUUUCAGGCUUCUGCAGCUGUAGAUUCUCACUGUGACUCCCUUGCUUGCUCAUGCAUAUGUGUGUCUGCAAUACCAAAUAUACAGGUUUAGUAUCUGCCUGUUAGUGAUUGUUUCCCAUGUGUAACGUUUCGGUUGAGAUGUUAACUGGUGGACGAGUACUGUGGAUGUGAAUGUGGGAUGUCAUUUUAAUCAUGUGUAACUGGUCACAAGGCCUAAUUUGCAGUAACUAUUGCUGUUUUAUUUAACAAUGCCUUGUUGUUUUGUAUGCAUAAAUGUUUGGGUGUAAAGAUUGUGUGUCCAUCCAACAGGGAGCCACAGUAUUUAAAUUGACCAACCUGAUGUUACAACGACUUUGAGGUGGCCAAAUGUAAACUAAAAGCCUUAAUUAAAGUGGUGCAAUUUUGUAUAA